CGAGCACGGCUCAGUCGGCGAGUUUAGCUCAUCGGAUGCGUGUAAAGUCAGCAGAAAUCGGUGGAAAAUCGGUGGAAAAUCUCCUCUGCCUCAGCCAGCAGUGAAAAAAGCAGUUGUGUGAAAUUUUACCCUGUGGGUGUGAAGUGAAAAGUGGAAACGCAGCAUUUGAAUCAACGAGUAGCAAUAUACAUAGGUAGAUAUAACAAGGCGGAAGCAAAUCGAAGAAAAAAGUUCCGUGGAAAAGCCCCAAAUCUUGAAGUGAAGCAAAAGUGAACGUGAAGCCAUAGAAAAAAAAGAAGAAGAAAACCAGUCCCAGGCGCGGGAAAAUCACCGGAAAACAGUUUAAAUGUUCGAACUACCGCGAUUCGUUUAGUGUCGUAAGUGAAAUCCGGAAUUCAGAGUGUGAGAAUUUUCAGUGAAUUUCUUGCGUGAAUCAUGGCGGACCAUGACUUCGCCCCGAGCUUCACCCAGAAGCCCCAGCUGCGCCAGGAGGACGAUGGCAAUCGGUUAGUGUUCGAGUGCCAGUUGAUUGCGAAGCCGAAACCGGCUAUCGAGUGGUACCGAAGCGAGGAACUACUGUCACAGAAUGCCCGCACCAAGUUCAAGAUCCAGUCGUUCGGCGAGAACAAGUACUUCGUGGUGCUGGAGCUGGACGACGUCAUCGAUACCGACGCCGGGCUGUACAAGGUCAAGGCCAAAAAUCGGAUGGGCGAGGUGUCCGCCUCGAUCAAUCUGAACUUCAGUCAGAGGAUAGAAAAGCGAGAACGACAAAUCGACGGCCUCGCACCGACCUUCAUCAAGAAGCCCUCGAUUCAGCAGGAAAACGACGGCAAACGGUUAAUCUUCGAAUGCCAGAUCCAGGCAGAUCCGAAACCACAGAUCAGAUGGUCACACAACAGCAAAGUGAUCGACAACACACCAAGGCAUAAGUUCAAAGUACAAAACGACGGCAAACUUUACUUCGCAACGCUGGAGGUGGAUAACGUGACGUUCGAGGACUCGGGCAAAUACAAGGUGACGGCCAAGAACGAACUGGGCGAAUCGAGUGCGACAAUCAGCUUGAACUUCGACAGUGAGGAAGUUCCGGUGCCAGCGGAUGGUUUUAAGCCUGCCUUUACAGAACGACCUGUCACACGACAAUCGGACGAUGGCAAGAAUAUUGUAUUUGAGUGUAGAUGUAUCGGUGAUCCGAAACCAACAUACACAUGGUACCACGAGAAGAAUGAAAUUCAGAUGAGUGGCAGGUUCAGUAGUGAGGUAGAGGAAGACCAAAACCAUUGCUAUCUGAUACGGUUCACGAUCAAGGACGUGAAGCAAUUGGACCGGGGCGGGUACAACGUCCUGGCGAAGAACAAGCACGGCGAUUCGUCCGCCAUCAUUAACCUGAACUUCGACUCGAGCGCGAAGAUAGUAAAUCCCGAGGGUAAACCACCCCGCUUUCCACAGAAGCCCACCAUUUCCCAGAAGGGCGAGGUGCUCUCGAUGGAGUGCAUCCUGGAGGCUCUGCCGGUGGCCGACAUUACCUGGUUCCACGGCCAGGACUCGAUCACCGACGGCGAACGGUUCAAAAUAUUGCGCAAAGCGAUCUCAAGCGAUACCUACCUACUGACACUCCAGAUUUCGCAACCGAGCGCCAACGAUGGGGGCAUCUAUCGGUGCCACGCUUUCAACCCGUUCGGGGAAAGCAACGCACACAUUACGCUUAACUUUAAAGCGAACGAAAACGAUCGAGGCUUUGCUCCGUCGUUUGUGGAGAAACCGAAGAUCAUCCCGAACAAGCUGGGCACGCUGAUAACGAUGAAGUGUAGAUGUAGAUCGAAACCGAAACCGACCGUCAAGUGGAUGCGCAAGAAACAGGAGGUCAAAUCGUCCAACAAGGUGGCCCUGGAGGUGAAGACCGUCGACGAGGACACCUACGAGCUGACGCUGAACAUUAAGGAUCCCAGCUCCGAGGAUGGCGGCAGCUAUUCCUGUGUCAUCAGUAACGAGUUCGGCGAGAGCAGUGCGACGUUGAACUUGAAUAUUGAGUCCGAGCAGGAAUCGACGAAGAAUGCACCAGUCUUCGUCGAAAAGCCGCACAUCGUGUCGCAGGACAACGGCAAAGUGGUCCGCAUGGAGUGCAAAGUCAAGACCGACAUCAAACCGGACAUCACGUGGACUCGCGAUGGCAAAAUUAUACAGGAAUCCAGCAAGCUCAAGAUAACGAUGACGUCCGAGAAGGAUGUGUACCACAUAUCUCUGGUUCUGAGGGAUCCACAGACGGAUGACUCCGGCACGUACAAGUGUAACAUCAAGAAUAUUCUCGGUGAAUUAAAUGCCAAUUUAAUUCUUAACAUUGAGAUUGUUCCGGUCAUCAAGGAGAAACCGAAACUGGUAACAAACAUCAAGAAGCGAACGGCGUCGAUCGAGUGUGCGGUCGCGUCCCGCUUCAAGCCGGAGUGCAUUUGGAUGAAGGAGACGACGGUGAUCAAGGAGACUCACCGUCAUUUGAUCAAGAUCGAGGAGACUCGCGAGGGCGAGUUCUCCGUCAAGCUCAACAUUACCGAGCUGAGCGAGGCCGACUUUGGCGCGUACAAACUCGUGGCCAAGAACGACAAGGGUCAGGCGACCUCGCAGGUGAUCGAGAUCAAGGACAUCGUGUUCGAGAAGCCACCGCCGACCAAGCCGAUCAUCGAAACCAAGCUCAAGGACGUGGAGCUGGACGAGGGUGGCAACCUGACGCUGGCCGUGGGCUUGCUCCAUCCGGACCGCCACUUCAAGGUGUACUGGAUGAAGAACAAGACGAUCCUGAAGACCAGCGAAACCGUCAUUCAGGAGUUCACCGGCCGUAUGGCUAAGCUGACGGUCAAGAACUGCACCGUGGAGGAUGCCGGCUCGUACAAGGUAUCCAUCAGCAACGAACUCCAGAGUGACGAGUCUGAGGCUAAGGUUACCGUCAAGGCGAAACCGAAGGAAGAGGAGAAGAAGAAGAAGGUUGUGAAGAAGGAGGAGAAGGUCGAGGAGAAGAAGGUCGAGGAGAAGAAGGUCGAAGAGAAGAAGGUUGAAAUCAAGGUGGAAGAGAAGAAGGUCGAGGAGAAGAAGGUUGAAGUUAAGGUGGAAGAGAAGAAGGCUGAGGUGAAGGUCGAAGCCAAGAAGGUUGAGGUUAAGGCGGAGGAGAAGAAGGCUGAAGUCAAGGUCGAAGCGAAGAAGGUGGAAGAGAAGAAGGAAGCUAAGAAGAAGGUCGUGACCAAGAAGGAGGAGAAGAUCGAGAUCAAGGUCGAAGAGGCGAAGAAGGAAGAGAAGAUCGAAAUCAAGAUCGAGGAGGCCAAGAAGCCGGAAGUGCCGAAGAUCAUGGAAACCAAAGAGCCUGAAACUAAGAAGGGUCUGGAAGCUCCCAGCAUCGAAAUCGUUCGCGACAAAGCUGGCGGCAGUCGACGUGGUUCAUUCUUGGACGAUCGUCGGCCAAGCUUGUUGAUGGGUGAUGAUACCAAACUACGACCCGGCGAAGUUAUCGACGAACGAAAGAAACGACGACCAUCAAUCGAUGUACGACGCCCGAGCAUUGCAGAUAUGGAAGAGAAGAUCAAUCUACCGUCGACGCCGUUGCGAGCCAUCGGCGAUCCAGGCAAAGCAGCAGUCAUCGUCGACUUCCAGGAGAGCUACUCCGCCGUUGAAGAUCAAACCGGUUACAUCUCGGUGCAGGUCGAGGGUAAUCCCGCUCCGACGUGGAAGUUCUUCAAGGGUAUCACCGAGCUGGUCGAUGGUGGUCGCUACAAGCAUCACACCGAUGGCGAAAGCAAUACCAUUACGUUGUGCAUUCGUAAGGUCAAGCCGAACGACGAAGGCAAGUACAAGGUCGUGGUGUCCAACCCCCAUGGCGAAGAUUCGGCCGAGGUGCAGCUGUACGUGUCCGACUCCAGUGGCAUGGAUUUCCGUGCUAUGUUGAAGAAGCGAAAGUACGCCAAAUGGGCCAAGGAGAAGGAGGAAGUGGUCAUCGAUCUGAAGGAGGUCGAAAUCCCCAAGCCACAGUUGAAGAAAGUGGAGAGAAAACAAGACACCUUCUCGAAGCCUCUGGUGGACAUCACCUGCAAGGAAGGUCGUGAAAAGAAGGUCUUCUUCGAGGCCACCUUCACCAAACCAAAUGCCAAGGCCAAGUGGAUGCUGCGUAAGGAUGAAAUCUUCGUUGGACCCAAGUACAAGUUCAAGUGCGAGGGCGAUGUUUACACUUGUCUGAUCUUGAAUCCCAAAAUCGAGGACAGCGGUAAGUACACGCUGGAGAUUGCUGGUGUGCAAUGUAUGGCCUAUCUGACCGUCGAGGAAGCCGAUCCGGUGUACAAGUUCACCAAGUUGCUCAAGAAGACGGAGAAGGGCUUCAUCACGCACGAUACAGUCCUGGAGUGCCAGGUCGACAACUCGUUGGCUCCGAUCUCCUGGUGGAGGGGCGAGACCAAGCUGGAGAACAGCGACCGGUACAUCAUCGGUAAGGAUCUCAACGGAACGAUGACGCUGAUCAUCAAGAACUGCGUCGCGGAAGAUGCCGAUACCUACACCUGUAAGAUCGAGAAGCAGACCGAUAAGACCGAAACGAAGCUGAAGAUCUUGGACUACAACUACAAGUUCACCAAGGUGCUCAAGAGCCAGCAGCUGUUCGUCAAGGACACGGUCACGCUGGCUUGCGAGUUGGACCACGUGCUGGGAACGGUCGAAUGGUUCAAGGGAGACACCAAGAUCGAGGAGAACGAUAAGGUGCAGAUCAUCAAGGAUGGUCGCAAGCACAAGCUGGUGCUGAAGGAUGUCGCCAAGACCGACAGUGGCAUGUACCGAUGUGUGAGCAACGCCGACAAGACCGAAGCUGAAAUCUUCGUUAAACGACCCAACAAAUUCAUGAAGAAAAUGAAGGACACCACCGGGGACGAAACGCUCGAGUGCGUAAUGGAGAUCCAAGUUCAGGAUGAGGAAGCCGACGUGCAGUUCUUCAACGGCGAAACCGAAAUCACCAAGAACGACCGUAUCGAUAUCGUAUCGGACGGUCAGGGCACCUGGAAGCUGACCUACAAGAAGCUUGAGUUGGGCGACGCAGGCGAAAUCACCUGCGUUUGCGGACCACUGACCAGCAAGUGCACGCUCAAGGUCAACAAGAAGGAAACGAAACCGAAAUUCCAAGUACCACCCAAGGUGGAAACGCCUGCCAAGGAAGAAAAGGUCCUGGAGGUUCCAUUCACAACCGGUGAGUCACGCCAGUCUAAGGUCACUGCCAAGGUGUUUAAAGAUGGUAAGCCGGUUACACCGGACGAGGUUGAUAUAGUUGUAGAGUAUGAUAAGAUCGUGCUCAAGUUUAAGAAGACCGAGUUCAAAGACUCGGGUGAAUUUAAGAUCGUAAUGGAAAAUGCUACUGGCUCGGAAGAGCAAACCACCAAUGUUGUAUUCCAGGAUAAGCCGGAGGCACCUCAGGACGUUGAGUGCGUGAACAUCUUCCAGACGCGGUGCGUGGUCAAGUGGAAGGCACCGGUCAACGAUGGUGGUGCAGCGCUGACCAAGUACGUCCUGGAACGGCAGGAUGUGUUCAAGCGGUCCGGCUGGGAAAAGCUCGAGGACGUACCCGGAGAUCAGACCAAGUUCUCUGUUACGGAUCUCACAGCGGGCCGUCACUACAAGUUCCGAGUUAAGGCCGUCAACAUAAAAGGUGAAUCGGAUUACUGCAGCAUGGAGGAAGAUAUCAUUGCCAAGGAUCCAUGGACCGAACCGGAUCCACCGAGAGACCUAGUAAUCUCCGAUUGGGACAGAGAAUUUGUCGAACUGACAUGGAAGGUGCCGAAAUCGGACGGAGGUGCUCCUAUUCAGAGCUACGUCGUUGAGUUCAAACCGUACACGGCUGCCAAUUGGAAGCAGAUCGAUACGCUUGGGCCCAAUCAGUUGAAGACUACACUUCGCAAUCUAACUGUCGGUGAAACCUUCGAGUUUCGUGUGAAGGCCACCAAUCAGGGAGGUGCCAGUAAGCCCAGCAACAACACCGAGCCACUCAAGAUUAGAGAUCGCUACGUUAAACCAUUCAUCGAAGGCGAAGGCCUGCAGCCGAUCACUUUGAAGAAGGGUCAAACCAUUCGGUACUAUGCGCAGUACGGUGGUGAGCCAGAACCGGAAGUCAUCUGGGAGAAGGACGACAUUCUCAUCAUCUGCGACUCCGAGAAGCGCAAAACAAUCGACGUAGAAUCGAACGCUACGACCCUCAACGUGAGACAUUCCGUUCGUGCCGAUUCCGGUACAUACAAGCUGAAGCUCAAGAACAGCAGCGGAGAGUUCGUCACGUCUGCCAAGGUGUUGGUGCUGGAUGUUCCCACGCAACCGAUUGGACCGAUCAAGAUCGAAAAGGCUAGAUUCAACCACGUGGUCAUCAGCUGGCAACCUCCGGAGGACACCGGUGGUUGUCCGUUGACCGGCUACCUCCUGGAGAAGAUGGACGUAGAAAACGGAACUUGGCUGCAGGCUGGCGAGUGCGGUGCCGAGCAGCUCACGUUCGACUUCCAGCAUUUACAGAAGGGAAGGAAGUUUGAGUUCCGGGUCAAAGCCUACAACAAAGAAGGCGAAUCUACGCCUCUGGAGACUUUGCUCGCGGUAAAAACUGUCAAUCCAUACGAUCCCCCAGAAGCUCCCGGCAAGCCGGCCGUCGAUGACUACGGCGUGGACUUUGUCGAACUCAAGUGGGAAGCCCCGGAGAAGGACGGUGGACGUCCCAUCACGCACUACGUCAUCGAGUACAAGAAUAAGUUCUUGUCCGAUUGGACAGAGUGUGCCAAAACCGAAACUCCCGAUCCCGUGGGCAAGGUCCACGGGUUGAAGGAGAAGGUCGUCUACCAGUUCCGUGUCCGGGCCGUCAACAAGGGUGGAGCUUCCAAGGCUUCGGAGCCUACCGAUAACCACACCGUCAAACACAAGAACCUGAAACCUCGCAUCGACCGAACCAACCUGAAGAACAUCACCAUCAAGGCCGGAAAGUCAAUGAUCUGGUCGGUGGAUGUGAAGGGUGAGCCAGAACCGGACAUCGUUUGGAGCUGGCGUGAUAACAUUCCGCUUACCGUGUCCGAGAACAUUAAGAUCGAGUCGGGCAACUACCAUACGAAUUUCUCGAUCAAGGAAGCCAAACGUGCCGAUACGGGCAAGUACAAGAUUACCGCCAAGAAUGCCUCCGGUAAGGACGAAGAGGAAGUGGAGCUGGUUGUGCUUGGAGCACCCAGCAGGUGCCAGGGCAAGUUGGAGAUUUCCAACGUUACCAAGAAGGGCCUGAAGCUGAAGUGGAAGAAACCACUGGACGAUGGAGGUUCUCCGAUCAAGGAGUACAAGAUCGAGAAGCUGAAGAACCGCAACGGCAAGUGGGUCCGCUGCGGCACGGUCAAGGGUGGACCGGACAUUCUCGAAGCCGAUAUUACCGGACUCGAUGAAGGCGCUACGUACAAGUUCCGAGUGAUAGGUGUUACCGAUGAAGGCGAGUCGGAACCACUGGAAUCGGAUGAGGUUGUGGCUAAGAAUCCAUUCGACGAACCAUUGAAACCAGGUCAACCGGAGGUUGUCGACUUCGAUAACAAAUCCGUCAAGCUCAAGUGGGCUGCUCCAAAAUCGGACGGCGGUGCCCCGAUUAUUAAGUACGUUGUACAAAAGAAGGAACGCUUCAAGGAUUGGGAAGACGCCAAGGAAGUUCCUGGAGGUGAAACCACUGCUACGAUUGACGAUCUGAAGGAGAACAGCGAGGUCCAGUUCCGCAUCGUUGCGGUUAACAAGGCUGGAAAUUCACCCGAAUCCGAUCCUACCGGCGUACACAAGGUCAAGCAUCGUUCAUUGAAACCACGUAUCGAUCGUACGAACCUGAAGCCGAUUGUGGUCCGCGGUGGCAAGAUGGUGCACUACGACGUGAACGUCAAGGGUGAACCGGAACCGGAGAUCACCUGGUUGGUCAAGGAGAAGCAAGUCUUCAAUGACGAUCACUACGAGAUCAUCAAUCAGGAAUACAACACCAAGUUCACCAUCAAGGACAGCUGCCGAAAGCACAGCGGUGUGUAUGAAAUUGUGGCCAAGAACGAGCAUGGUGUGGACAGAGAGAAGGUAGAAAUCACAGUGCUGUCGGCCCCUAGUAGACCGAAGGGACCACUCGAGGUCAAGGAUGUCACCAAGAAUGGUUGCAAGCUCAAGUGGAAGAAACCGGAUGACGACGGUGGCAAACCGAUCACGGCUUACGAGUUGCAGAAAUACGAUCAGAAGGUUGGACGCUGGGUACCGAUGGGAAAGGCUCCAGGAGAUGCGGAAGAGUUUGACGUUACUGGACUGCAGGAAGGUAUGCACUACAAGUUCCGCGUUAAGGCCAUCAACGAUGAAGGUGAAUCCGAACCGUUGGAGACUGAAGAGUACAUGGUUGCAAAGGAUCCGUUUGAUAAGCCAAAGGCACCGAUGGACCUGGUCGUUCACGAUUGGGACAAUUCAAGCGUUACUCUCCAAUGGAAGCGUCCCAUCUCGGAUGGUGGAGCUCCCAUCAGUGGGUACUUCAUCGAGAAGAAGGAACGUGGAGAGACCAAGUGGGAACCGGCCCUCACGACGCGCAGCCCCGAAUGUCAAGCCAAGCUCGAUGAUUUGCCAGAGAAGCGUACCUUCCAGUUCCGCGUCAGUGCCAUCAAUAAGGCUGGCACUGGUGAAGCUUCGGAUCCAACUGGUUUCCAUACGGUGAAGCAUCGCUACUUGCGUCCUCGCAUCGAUCGUACCAACCUGACGCCGAUGACCAUCAAGGCCGGUUUGUCGGUGCAGUACGACAUCGACAUCGAGGGUGAGCCAGCUCCGACCGUCAAAUGGUUCCACGGAGAGAAGGAAGUCGGUACCGAUGCCGACUACAAGAUCGAUAACAUCGACUACAACACCAAGUUCUUCAUCAUGCGUGGCCGUCGCAACCUGAGUGGCAAGUACACGAUCGUCGCCACCAACUCGCAGGGAGAGGACCGUGCCGAGGUCGAGAUUACGAUCCUUAGCAAGCCAGGAACGCCGCAAGGACCACUGGAAGCUAUGGACGUGCACAAGCAUGGUUGCAAGCUGAAGUGGAAACCCCCACUGGACGACGGUGGUAUGCCGAUCGAGGGUUACGAGAUCGAGAAGCUGGAUCCACUGACUGGACAAUGGAUUCCGUGUGGCCAGAGCAAUACCCCGGAGGCAAACAUUUCCGGUCUGCAGGAAGGCAAGCAGUACAAGUUCCGGGUUAGGGCGUUCAAUAAGGAAGGUGACAGUGAGCCUCUGGAGAUGGAGACCGUUGUGAUUGCGAAGGAUCCAUUCAGCGAGCCAAGUAAGCCGGGCUGUCCUACGCCUACUGACUGGGGUAAGGACUUUGUCGAUUUGGAGUGGACCAAACCGAAGUCAGAUGGUGGGGCUCCGAUCACGGAGUACAUCAUCCAGAAGCGUGACAAGUCGAGCCGUAAGUGGCAGGACGCAGCUACCGUUAGCGGUGAUCGCACUCGUGGUACCGUUGAAGAUGUUGAGGAGGGCCACGAGUACGAGUUCCGAGUGAUUGCAGUCAAUAAGGCUGGUCCAUCGGAACCGAGCGAUAUCUCCGAUAGCGUAGUUGCUAAGCCGCGCAACUUGGCUCCAAGAAUCGAUCGCAAGAACUUGGACAAGAAGGUUCUUCGUGGCGGUCAGCUACUGAACGUAGAAGCCGACGUUACUGGUGAACCGGCUCCGAAGAUCACAUGGGAGCUCAAGGAAAAGCCCAUCACCGGCAGGGAAGACGAACGCAUCCGGCUGGAUAACGAAGAAUACAAGACUAACUUGAUUAUUAGAAACUUGAAACGUUCCGAUUCAGGCAUUUAUAAAGUUACUGCUAAGAACAAGAACGGUACGGAUACCGUCGAAAUGGAGUUGGUGGUGCUGGCGAAACCGUCCAAGUGCAUGGGUCCACUGAAGGUGUCGGAUGUGACGGCCGAAGGUUGCAAACUGGCCUGGCUGCCACCAGAGGAUGAUGGUGGUGAACCAAUUCAGGCCUACGUCGUCGAACGCAUGGACGUCGACAGCGGUCGGUGGAUUCAGGUCUGUGAGUCUCGCUUCCCCGAGGCUGAUGUCUCCGGACUGCAAGAAGGCAAGGACUACAUGUUCCGCGUGAAGGCCGUCAACAGCGAGGGUGAGUCUGAACCACUGGAAACCGACACCAGCACCCGUGCGAAGAACCCGUACGACGCUCCAGAUGCCCCUGGAAAACCAAAGGCUAUCGAUUGGUCCAGGAAGUUCGUCAUGCUGGAAUGGACCGAGCCGGAAAGCGAUGGAGGUGCUCCGAUCACGAAGUACAUCAUCGAAAAGAAGGACGUCAACAGCACCAAGUGGCAAAAGGCAAUGGAAACCGACGGACCCGUUAACAAGGCUAAGGUUCCGGAUCUGUUUGAGGGUACGACCUAUCAGUUCCGCGUGAAGGCCGUGAACAAGGGUGGACCCAGUCCGUACUCACCGCUGUCCGAUCCAGUACUGGUCAAGGAUCGCUUUGCGCCACCUAGAAUUGAUCGCUCGACGCUCAAGAAUAUGACUCUGAAGGGUGGUCAAACGCUGCGACUAGACUGCAAGAUCAGUGGUGAGCCGGCUCCAACCAAGUACUGGUUGUUGAACAAGGCACGCAUUGAAAAAGAGACUCCAGAAAUCCGUGUGGAGUUCGAAGACUACCGUGCCAAAUUGACGAUCGGAAGCGUAACCCGUGCCCACAAUGGCAGCUACGAAAUCAAGGCUGAGAAUGCAUCGGGCUACGAUGAACAUCAAUUCACCAUCACUGUUCUGGACAAACCAACCGCUCCGGAAGGUCCACUCAAAGUUUCGAACGUCCACAAGGAGGGCUGCUCGCUCAAGUGGAAUCCACCACUAGACGAUGGUGGCGUACCGAUCGAGCACUACAAUGUGGAGAAGUUCGACAAGGAAAUGGGACGUUGGGUCCCAGUUGGACGUACUGCCGAUACGCACAUGGAUGUUGCCAACCUGGAACCGGGACAGGAAUACCUAUUCCGAGUCUCGGCUGUCAACGAUGAAGGUGUGUCGGAGCCUCUGGCAACCGAGCAGUUCAUGAUGGCGAAGAAUCCAUUCGACGAACCUGGCAAACCGGGCACCCCGGAAGCCUUCGAUUGGGAUCGCAACUUCAUCGAGCUGCGGUGGACUCCCCCGGUGUGCGAUGGUGGUUCCCCGAUCACCAAGUACAUCGUCGAAAAGCGCGAACAUGGAACCAUCAAGUGGAUCAGGGCCGCCGAGGUUAUCGGCAACAAGUGCGAGGCUAAGGUUACGGAGCUGAACGAAGGUGAAGUUUACGAGUUCAAGGUCCGUGCCGUCAACGAAGCCGGUCCCGGUGUGUGGAGCGACCAAAGCAAACCGAUUACUGCCAAACCCAGAAAGUUGCCACCGAAGAUCGAUCGCCGCAACCUGAAGAAUCUGAGCGUUUCCAUUGGAGAACCGUUCGGUUUCGAUGUAAAGAUUGCCGGUGAACCAGCUCCGGAUGUUGACUGGACGAUCAAUGAUCGCAUGGUGACGGUCACAACUACCCGUACCAUUGACAAUGUACCGUACAAUAGCAAGUUUGCCAACAGUGAACCCGAUCGUCGUGAUUCGGGCAAGUACAUGAUCAAGGCUACCAACAAGUUUGGUACCGAUCAGGUCGAGAUUACCAUCACCGUGAGAUCUAAACCAGGAGCACCGGAGGGUCCGUUGGAGGUCAAGGACAUGACCAAGGACAGCUGCAAACUGGAGUGGCAGAAACCGAAGGACGAUGGUGGUGUUCAGAUCGAUCACUACGCCAUCGAGAAGUUCGAUCCGGACAAUGGCAUCUGGAUGACGGCUGGUAAGGUUGAAUGGCCCUUCACCGAUUACCAAGUGGAGGGUCUGGUUCCUGGCCAUCGUUACAAGUUCCGCGUCAAGGCCGUCAACGCCGAGGGUGAAUCCGAACCGUUGGAGUCUGCUGGAACUUAUCUGGCGAAGGAUAGCUUCUCCAUUCCCGAUACGCCCAGCGCUCCGUCGGUUGUUGACUGGUCCGAAAACCACGCUGUGCUCAAGUGGCCGGAACCGGACGAUGGUGGCAGCCCUAUUACCGGUUACAUCAUCGAGAAGAAGGACAAAUACAGCCCGAUCUGGGAGAAGGCCUGCGAAACCACUUCGCCGAGUCCGACGGCUACCGUUGGAGGGCUGGUUGAAGGCAACGAGUAUCAGUUCCGUGUUAUCGCCGUCAACAAGGCCGGCCAGUCGGAUCCAUCAGAUGCCAGCCGCACAUUCACCGCUAAGCCACGCUUUGCACCACCGAAGAUCGAUCGUAGAACCAUUCGAGAUAUCUCGAUCUCUGCUGGAUCAAUGCUCAAGUUCGAUGUCGUUGUUACUGGUGAACCAGCACCCAAGUGUGAAUGGCGCGUUAAUAAGGCUCUCGUUUCAAGCGAUAGACGCCUCGAAAUCCUCAACACCGACUACAACUCCAAGUUCAUUCUACGCCCGGCCAACCGUAACGAUUCAGGAGAUUACGAGAUCACCGCUACCAACUCUUCGGGUCGCGAUUAUGUCUUAGCGCAGGUCACUGUCACUGACAAACCAGGUGCGCCGGAAGGACCCCUGCAGGUAUCGGAUAUCACCAAGGAGUCCUGCAAGCUGAAGUGGAAGCGUCCACGCGACGAUGGUGGUUCAGAUAUUGAGUACUACCAGAUUGAGCGCUUCGACGACGAAGCUAACGCUUGGGUACCGCAUGCUCGUGCCGUGGAAACCAACGCCGACAUCAGUGGACUGCAGAAUGGCAAGAAGUACAAGUUCCGUGUCAGUGCCAUCAACGCUGAAGGAGAAUCCAAACCAUUGGAACAGGAUGGAGACUUCAUUGCGAAGAAUCCGUUCGACGAACCAUCUGCUCCUCAGAACUGCAAAGCUACCGAUUGGGGUCCAGACUUUGUCAAACUUGCCUGGUUGCCUCCGGUUAGCGAUGGAGGUGCUCCGGUCACUGGCUACAUUGUAGAAAUCAAGGACAAAUACGGAGAAUGGGAAAGGAAGAUGCAGGUGCCAGCCGAUGCUACCACCGCGGACGUUCCCGAUCUCAUGGAAGGACAGAAAUAUGAAUUCCGUGUUCGUGCAGUUAACGAUGCUGGUCCAAGCGACCCAAGCAAUGCUACACCACCGAUCAUCUGCAAACCGAAGAACCAGCCGCCGAAGAUCGAUCGCACCAACUUGGUCGACGUUCGCAUCAAGGCCGGCAACAACGUCGUGUUCGACGUCAAGGUUACCGGUGAACCGAUCCCAACGACUAAGUGGAUGCUGAACAAGCAACAGCUGAAGCAGAAUGAACGCUUCAAGAUCCAGGACUACGACUACAACACCAAGAUCACCAUUCGGUCGGCUACUCGAGGUGAAUCCGGUACUUACACGAUCGAAGCCGAGAACGAAAACGGUAAAGAUACGGCCAAUGUGUUCGUCACUGUACUGGAUGUUCCAAGCCCACCGGGAGGACCACUAAAGGUUGCGGAGAUCACUGCCAGAGGAGCAAUCCUGGAAUGGCGUGCUCCCGAGGACGAUGGUGGUUUACCAAUCGAUAAUUACAUCAUCGAAAAGUUGGACGAAAUCAAGGGAACUUGGGUCUACGCCGGUGAUUCGGGUAGCAACCGAUGCAAAGCGAACAUCGAUGGACUUAUCGAAGGACACUCGUACAAGUUCCGUGUUCGCGCUCAGAACAAAAUGGGCAAGUCGGAGCCACUGUCGAUGGCUAAUGCCGUUGUGGCUAAGAAUCCAUUCCGUACGCCACAGCGUCCGGAGAAUCUUACGAUCACGGACUACGACAGGGACUACGUCGAAUUGGAAUGGAAGGCUCCAGAAAGCGACGGAGGUGCUCAGAUUACCGGAUACGUGGUCGAGAAGCUCAGCAAAUACUCUGGCGAUUGGGAGAAGUGUGCUGAAGUUGAAGGUGACGCUUGUACUGCCAGGGUUCCAGAUCUGAUUGAGGGAACUGCUUACCAAUUCCGCGUGAAGGCAGUCAACCGUGCUGGAGAGGGUGAAGCCAGUCGUCCAACCGAAUCGCACAUUGCUCGCAGCAAAAACCAACCACCGAAGAUCGAUCGCUACUCGUUGUCCAAUGUCAGGAUCCGUGCUGGACUUACGUUCGAGUUCGAUGUUCCAGUGCAGGGUGAACCAGUAGCAGCUAAGGAAUGGUCCCACAAGGACAAUAUGAUUAUCAACACCGACCGCAUUAAGGUUAUUUACGAGGACUACAGAACCAAGUUGCGCGUCAUGGAUGUCAAGCGUGCGGACAGUGGCGUUUACACGCUGACCGCCAAGAACAAGAAUGGUAUCGAUAUUGCUGACGUCAAUGUCGUUGUUUUGGAUGUCCCAGCUCCUCCAGAGGGACCCAUCCGCUUCGAGAAUCUAUCGAAGAACGGAGUUACGUUGAUGUGGCGUCCACCAAAGGACGACGGUGGUUCGGAGAUUCUGCACUACGUCGUUGAGAAGCUUGACACCGAUCAACUUCGGUGGGUUCCAGUGGGUGAGACUAUCUCGACCAAGAUCCGUCCGGAUAACUUGAUCGAGGGACACUCAUACCAGUUCCGCAUUCGUGCCGUUAACAAGCAGGGUGAAUCUAUUCCACUGUCUACGUCUCAGCCGAUUACUGCCAAGGAUCCAUACACCAAGCCGGACAAACCUGGCAAGCCGGUGGUUGUCGAUUGGGGCGAUCAUUACGUCAACUUGGAAUGGAGCAUUCCGAAGAAGGACGGUGGAGCACCGAUCACGAGCUACAUUGUCGAGAAGAAGCCUCGCUACGGAGACUGGAAGUUAGCUGGAGAGUUCACCGAACUGUACAGGCCUGCCGCUAAGAUUACCGAUCUGGUUAAGGAUGAAGAGUACGAAUUCCGUGUCUGCGCUGUCAACAAAGCUGGAGUGAGCGAUCCAAGUGAAUCGUCCGACCCAGUGGUGUGCAAGUCUCGCUUCGUGCCACCACACUUCGACAAGUCCGCUCUGAAGGAUCUGGUCGUUGCGGUUGGUAAGAAGAUCGCAUACAACGUUACGGUUGAAGCUUCACCGAAUGUGACUGCUACUUGGAAGCGUAACGGUGUUAUCAUUCCGGAAUCGCAGAGAGUCAUUCGUGAAGAUUACAACAACGAAAUUUCGCUGGAGAUUCCAUUCUCGAUUCGCGAAGACUGCGGUAUGUACACGCUGAUUGUGAAGAACAAUUGCGGUGAAUACUCGGCUUCUGCACACGUGACCGUACUGGCCAAGCCAUCUCCACCGGAAGGACCGCUGAAGAUCUCAAACAUCACGACCGAAGGUUGCCAUCUGGAAUGGAAGGUACCCAAGGAUGACGGUGGCAGUCCAAUCACUCACUACGUCAUCGAAAAGAUGGACAUGUCUCGUGGUACUUGGACGGCAGCUGGCAUGAGCACUUCGCUGGCCAACGAGAUUUCGCGCCUGAUUCACAACAAGCGCUACUCGUUCAGAGUGAAGGCAGUGAACGAAAUUGGCGAGUCGGAGCCGUUGGAGUCAUCGCAUCCGAUUGUGGCGAAGAACGACUUCGAAGAACCAUCCCAGCCACCGAAGCCACAAGUUGUCGAUUGGGACGCCAACUCGGUCAGCUUGGAAUGGAGUGCUCCUAAGUCCGAUGGUGGAGCUCCAAUUACCGAGUACAUCGUGCAGAAGAAGGAGAAGGACAGUCCGUACUGGAGUACUGCUGGUCGUGUGCCUGGAAUUCAGCGCAACCUCAAGGUUCCAGAUUUGGCUACCGAAACCGAGUGGGAGUUCCGUGUCAUUGCUGUUAACGCUGCUGGAGAGUCGGAACCAUCCGAUGCCUCGGAUGCUGUGCUGACUCGUUCGCGAUUCAUCGCUCCCAAGAUCGUUACUCCACUGCGUGAUAUGGUCGUCAAGGCUGGACUAAUCUACCACGUUGAUGUGAACUUCACAGGAGAACCGACACCGGAAGCCGUUUGGACGUUGAACGGUAAGCCUGUGGAAAGCGACAAACGUACGACCAUGACCGCUGUUGGACACCACACCAUUGUGCACACUGUCAACUGUAAUCGUGGUGAUUCGGGCGAAUACAAGCUGGUCAUUAGCAACUCGAGUGGAACCGACCAGGGUAGCUUCCGCUUGACCGUGCUGGAUCGUCCGGAUCCACCGGAGGGCCCGAUGAACUACGAAGAAAUCACGGAGAAGAGCGUAACGAUCUCGUGGAAACCACCGAAGGACAAUGGUGGUUCAGAGAUUACCGGAUAUGUCGUGGAGAAGAAGGAUCUUACCCACGGUGGAGGUUGGGUGCCAGCUGUGGCCUAUGUCAGUCCGAAGUACACCCAUACUGUGGUUCCUCGUUUGAACAAGGGCAACAAGUACGAAUUCCGUGUAAUGGCUGAGAAUCUUCAGGGUCGCUCGGAGGGUUUGCCUAGCAAGCACCCGGUUGUGGCCAAGGAUCAGUUUGUUGCACCAGGACCACCAACCAAACCGGACAUUAUUGAUAGCGACUAUGAUAUGGUCACGCUCAGCUGGAAGCCUCCAAUCAGCGAUGGUGGAUCCAGAAUCUCUGGAUACAACAUUGAACGUCGGGACACUGCUACCGGACGCUGGAUUCAGGCCAACAAGUAUCCAGUUCCAAACAUCGAAUUCACCGAUACGGGAGUCAUUAAGGGACAUCAGUACGACUACCGUGUAUCGGCUGUCAAUGCAGCUGGCCAGGGUCAACCUAGCGAUCCAUCAGGCAAAUGCUGGGCUAGACCAAUGCAGCAGGCACCUAAGCUCAAUCUUGACAGCUUCGGCAAGAGAACAAUCAAGGUCCGUGCUGGUGAACCGAUCAUUAUCACCAUUCCACUGGUUGGAGCUCCAAUUCCGACUGUCGAAUGGUACCGCAGUGGAGUUAAGGUUCCGGAGACUUCUCGCACCUCGGUCGAUACCAACAGUGAACAUACGGUAUUCCGCGUUGAGCGUAGCGAACGUAAGGAUUCGGACGACUACAAAAUCAAGGCAUCGAACCAGUAUGGCGAAGACACGAGAGAGUUCGAAGUCAUCGUCGUCGAUCGUCCACAUCCACCAAGAAAUGUGUUCGCCUUGGAAACAACCCAAGACACCGUUACCCUUAACUGGGACCCACCAAAGGACGACGGCGGCUCGGAAAUCACCGGAUACAGUAUCGAGUACAAGGAAUUCCCAUCGGACAACUGGAAGAUGGUCUACGGUACUGUUCCUCGCUGUGCGCAUACUAUCAAGCAUCUGACCGAGAACCACGAGUAUAUCUUCCGUGUCCGUGCCGAAAACAUCUACGGUGCAUCGGAGCCAACCGAGAGCAAAACCAUCUCGCCAAAGAGCCCGGAUCCACCGCAAUCAGUCGACAAACCGAACGUCGAGGAUUUCACUCCAAGUUCGUGUACCAUCUCGUGGAAGCCACCACGCAUCCAAACUCGCCCGGUCACCGGCUAUAUCGUCGAGAAGCGUGAGCGUGGUACCGGCGAGUGGGUGCAGGUCAAUAAUUAUCCUACUGUCAACACUACGUACACUAUUCCUGAUCUGAUGGAAGGCUUCCGCUAUGAAUUCCGCAUCAAGACUGUCAACGACGUUGGCUGCAGCAAACCAAGUGAACCAACCGAUCCAAUUACGGCCCAACAGCAACGUAGACGGCCAACUCAACCGGAUCCGCCAUCGAUUGACAAGAUUUCGCGCAACAGCGUAGUCAUCUCGUGGCGCACGAUCCGUAAAGAUGUCAAGGAAAAGAUCAAGGGCUACCUCAUUCAGUACCGCGUCAAGGAUGAAGAAAGUUGGGUGGAUUCCAACAAUGUGGCUGAUCUUUGUAGUGAUCAAUCGUAUCGCGUUGAGCACUUGGAAGAGAACAAGGAAUACCAGUUCCGUUUGAUCGCCGUCAAUGAUAUCGGUUCAUCGGAUCCAUCUCGUCCAAGCAUUUCGGUUACUCUUCAAGAGCAAGCCAACAAACCGAUGAUGGAUCUGCGCAACGUUCGGGACAUUAUCGUUCGUGCGGGAGAGGACUUCAACAUCCAUAUCCCGUACACAGCCUUCCCGAAACCGGUUGCCACCUGGUUCUCCAACGACGAGCAACUGGAUGAAACUGACUCUCGUAUUCACCAAACGCUUACCGAUGAAGCUUCCAUCAUGGUCGUCACCAAUAGCAAGCGUACGGACUCCAAGCAGUAUCGUCUUAUGCUCAAGAACCCGUCUGGCUAUGACAUUGCUUCUUGCAACGUGAAGGUCCUGGAUAGACCAGCUAAGCCGGAGAACGUCGACGUGGAAACGUACGGUGGUGAGCAUCUGAUUCUGUGCUGGAACACUCCACUGGAUGAUGGUGGUUCACCAGUCACCAACUACGUCGUUGAGAAGAAGGAGAAGAACUCGUCGAACUGGACGAAGGUCAGCAGCUACUGCACGGCAACAUUCCUCAAGAUUCGCAACCUGCGUGUCAACCAGCAGUACGACUUCCGUGUUUACGCCGAAAACAAGUACGGUAUGUCUGAACCAGGCCAGUCCAAUACGAUCAUCGCCAAACAUCCAUUCGAUAUUCCGACUCAACCUGGAACUCCAACACGUGUGGAGACCAGCGAAGAUUCUAUCACCAUCACCUGGACAAAACCGGCCAGCAACGGUGGCUCACCGAUCACGCACUACAUCGUCGAGAAGCGUCCGGCUACCGAAGGUACCUGGACCAAGGUCCAACAGGGCACCCUCAAGGACAUGGUGUGCAAGGUAUCCGGACUAUCCGAGAACCGCGAGUAUAUCUUCCGAGUGGCUGCAGUCAAUGCUGCCGGCCAGAGUCCGUUCAGUGCCGCAUCGGACCCGAUCAUGGUUACGGCUGCCUUCUCGGCUCCCAAGAUCACUUCGGACAUUGGAAUGCGCGAUAUCCUUGUCAUUGCUCGUGAUUCCUUCAAGAUUAUCGUUCCGUACUCGUCCGCUCCCCGACCGGAUGCCUUCUGGUUGGUCAACGGAAACGAAGUAUCCAGAAACGAUAGAAUUGAGCUGCCCAUCACCGAUACGGAAGCCAUCUUCAAGAACGACAACGCCAAGCGCAUGGACAGCGGAAGCUAUACCAUUCACUUGGUCAACUGCGUUGGCAAGGAUACUGCUUCUUGCCGUGUGUUGGUGGUUGACAAGCCAACCCCUCCGAUUGGACCGCUGGAAGUUACGGAAAUCACCCCCGAGUCGUGUACUCUGUCCUGGAAGGUUCCACUGGACGAUGGUGGCAGUCCGAUUACGAACUACAUUGUCGAACGCUAUGAACCACUGGGCUAUUGGACCAAGGCAAGUAGCUUUGUACGAAACACCCACUACGACAAUAUGGGUAUGGAAAAUAACAAGCAAUACAGCUUCCGAGUGCGUGCCGAGAAUCAGUACGGCAUCAGUGACCCGUUGAUCUUGGAAGAACCGAUCAUCGCUCGGUAUCCAUUCACUGUUCCGGAUCCACCGAACCCACCACGUGUCUCCGACUGGGACACCAACUACGUCACCGUCACCUGGGAACGUCCACUCAUGGAUGGUGGAUCUCGUAUUCAGGGCUAUCGCUUCGAGUACCGCGACGUUACGGACAGCACCUGGAUUGUGUGCAAUUUCCUCAUCAAGGAUAACAGCUAUCAGGUGUACAAUCUGAUGCCUGGUCAUGAGUACGAAUUCCGCGUCAAGGCACAGAAUGCUGCUGGUGUAAGCAAACCAUCGGCUUCGUCGAAGAGAUUCAAGAUCCAUGGAAAGAUCACGCCACCAUUUGCACCAGGAGCGCCGGCCAUCGUUAAGGUUGGAAAGAGCUUCGUUGAUCUCAGCUGGACUGCACCGGCAAGCGAUGGUGGUUCCAGAAUCACUGGAUACUACGUCGAACGUCGCGAUAUCGGAGGAGCACGAUGGGUCAAAUGCAAUGAAUCGAAUAUUCCUGUUACCGAACUUACCAUCACGAAUCUCAUUGAGGGUGGUGUGUACGAGUUCCGAGUUUAUGCUGUCAAUAGCUAUGGAGUCUCGCCUCCAUCACCUGAAACUCGCUCGGUGCGUAUUGGUGAACAGUUGAAUACUGAGAAGCCGGAAUGGGUCAAGAGACUGAAGUUCAGCUUGGUGCCACUUGGAAAAUCGGUACAGCUGUCUUGCGAGGCUCAUGGCAAACCGGAACCGACCUGCAGAUGGUUGCGCAACGGAAAGGAGAUCACCCACGGUGGUCAGUUUGCGCUGGAAAGCAAGAAUGGUGUAUUCUCGCUGCACAUCUCGAAUGUUACGUACCGUGACGAGGGUGACUACACUUGCGAGGCGCAUAACUUCGUCGGUGCAGUGCACACUACGGCUGCGGUGAAGAUCGGUGUACCACCAAAACUGGUCAACAUUCCAUCGGAUGUGUACCUGGUCAAGGGAGAGAACGCCAAGAUCAAGCUCGGUUUCAACGGCGAUCAUCCAAUGGAAGUUAACAUUUCCAAGGAUCGCGAGAAGUUGGUGGAGACGGAUCACAUCAAAUACACGGUGUUCGAUGACUACGCUGUCAUCUACAUUCGCGAGGUGGAAGACACCGAUAAGGGAGUGUACUUGGUCAACUUCAAGAACGACAGCGGAAGUGUGUCGUGCAAUGUCAAUGUCCAUGUGACUGGAUUGCCUGGACCACCAACGGGACCACUGCUGAUCAGCCACGUCACCAAGAACAUGUGCACCGUCUCUUGGAAGCCACCGAAGUCCGAUGGAGGUCGCAAGAUCACGCACUACGUCGUUGAGCGUCGUGAUAUCAAAUCGCAGCACUGGCUAAUCGUGUCCAACUACAUCAAGGAAACGCAGCUGAUCAUCAAGGGAUUGAUCGAGUUCUCGGAAUAUCUCUUCCGUGUGUCGGCUGUCAACGAGAACGGAAUCGGUUCACCACUGGAAGGUGCCGAUCCGAUCAAGGCUCGUGGACCGUACGAUCUGCCAUCGCCACCUGGAAUUCCAAUUAUCCACGAACUGGGAGGCGAUUUCGCCAACUUGGAAUGGGAGAAACCUGUUUCGGAUGGCGGCACUCGUAUCCUGGGCUACUGGAUCGAGAAGCGCGAACAAGGAACAGAAACCUGGCAGCGUGUCAACACUGCAUCCUGCUCCAUCUGCACGAUCAACUGCCCGAAUCUGGUGGAGGGUCGUUUCUACGAGUUCCGUGUUGCUGCCCAGAACGAAGUCGGUUGCUCGGAAUUCUCCAAGGCUUCGCAGCUGGUGAAGGCCGAGGAUCCAGACAUUUGCAAGCCACCGGAGGUUGUCAAACCACUGAACACGCUGACCUGCGUCCAGAACAGGAACGUCGAAUUUGUGUGCAAGAUUACCGGUGUUCCUCGUCCGAAGAUCACCUGGCACAAAGGAGCUCGCGAAAUCUGCUCCGGAUCGCGCUACUACAUGUACAGCGACGGAGACAUGCACCACCUGGCCAUCAACGAUGUGUUUGGCGAGGAUGCUGACGAGUACACAUGCCGUGCCGUCAACAAGGGAGGCGUCAAGUCUACCAAGGCCUCACUCAUCAUCAAGUCGCCACCGAAGCUUAACGUUCCACCACGUUUCCGUGAUACGGCGUUCUUCGACAAUGGUGAAAACAUCGAGAUCAAGAUUCCGUUCACCGGAUUCCCGAAACCACGUUGCCACUGGACCCUCAAGGGCGAACAGAUCGAGUCCGGUAUUCACUAUCACAUUGAGACUCGUGAACGCCAUACUGUACUGACAAUCCGUGACGGUUCGCAGAUGGAUUCCGGCACCUACACGAUCACAAUCGAGAACGAGCUUGGUCAGGAUACGGCCGACAUCAGUAUUCAGAUCAGCGAUCGUCCGGACAAGCCAAGGAACCUCACUGUCGAUCAAGUCGGAUUGGACCAUGUCACACUCAGCUGGCUGCCACCAUCCUGGGACGGAGGCGCGAGUAUUACCAACUACAUUGUCGAGAAGCGUGAAGUGCCACUAUCUACUUGGAUUCGUGCCGGAACCACCCGCUUCAACCAGCUCAUCAUUCCACAUCUGUCGCCGGGACAUCAGUACGAGUUCCGUGUGUUCGCCGAGAACGUGUACGGCCGUUCGGAUCCAUCCGAUCAGACUGAGCUGGUUAGCUUGAAGGACUUGGGCAUUAAGCCGACCAAGCGCGUCAAGUACGAGCUUGAUGAGAACGGCAAGCCCAAGCGUCAAGGCAAGCGCGAACCGAUCUCGGACUACGAUACGUACGUGUUCGACAUCUACUCCAAGUAUCACCCGAAACCGGUGGAGAUCUCGAACAAGAGCGUGUACGAUCUGUAUGAAAUUUUGGAGGAGAUUGGCACGGGUGCGUUCGGAGUGGUGCACCGUUGCCGUGAGCGUAAGACCGGAAAUGUAUUUGCCGCCAAGUUCAUUCCGGUGUCGCAAAAUUCGGAGCGGGCGUUGAUCCGCAAGGAAAUCGAUAUCAUGAACCAGUUGCACCAUCGCAAGCUGAUCCACCUGCACGAUGCCUUCGAGGAUGACGAUGAGUUUGUUCUGAUCUACGAGUUCUUGUCGGGAGGUGAACUGUUCGAGCGGAUCACCACCGAAGGCUACCGUAUGUGCGAACAGGAGAUCAUCGAGUACAUGAAACAGAUCUGCGAAGCCGUCAAGUACAUGCACGAGAAGAACAUCAUCCAUCUGGACAUCAAGCCGGAGAAUGUGAUGUGUCAGACCAGGAACAGCAACCAGGUGAAACUGAUCGAUUUCGGUUUGGCCACGCGAUUGAAUCCGAAUGAGAUGGUCAAGAUUUCGACGGGAACGGCUGAGUUUGCCGCUCCGGAGAUUGUCGAACGGGAGCCGGUUGGUUUCUACACGGAUAUGUGGGCCGUCGGUGUGUUGGCUUAUGUGUUGAUUAGUGGACUUUCGCCAUUUGCCGGUGAGACUGACAUUGAUACCCUGCGGAACAUCAAGCAGGGAACUUGGGAAUUCGACGAAGUGGCAUUCAAGGAAGUUUCGGAAGAAUGCAAGGACUUCAUCCGUCGUCUGCUGAUCAAGAAUACUGAGAAACGUAUGACUGCUCACGAGUGUUUGAUGCAUUCGUGGUUGAGCGACAGCUACAACUGCUCGACUUCGUUGAUCUCGAUCGAACGCUACAAGACCAUCCGCGAUCACAUCCGCAGAAAGUAUGACGACUGGGCCUCGUUUGUCCUGCCGCUGGGUAGACUGUCGGAGUACUCUGCCCUGCGUAAGCUUCUGGUUACCAAGUACAAGAUCCAUGAGACUUCGUUCGAUCGCCGACAGGCCGCUCCACGAUUCGUCAUCCGUCCGCAGUCGGCCUUCUGCUACGAAGGCCAGAGCUGCAAGUUCUAUUGCCGUGUAAUUGGUGUGGCUACUCCAGUUGUGACCUGGUACCACAACAACCAGGAACUGAAGCAGUCCGUCAAAUUCAUGAAGCGCUACGCCGGUGAUGACUACUACUUCAUCAUCAACCGUGUGAAGCUGGACGAUCGCGGCGAGUACAUCAUCCGUGCGGAGAACCAUUACGGAGCUCGCGAGGAAGUCAUCUUCCUGAACGUUCACCCGAUGUCGAAACAGGUGCCAGUCUACAAACCGGAAACCCUUACCGUUCGUAAGCGCGAACCAAGCCCACGGCCACUAUGGCAAGAGGAAUCGGACACUGCUCCAGUGUUCACCUUUGCUCUGCGUCCUCGUGUUAUGCAGAUGAGAGAUACCUGCAAAUUGCUGUGCUGUCUCAGUGGAAAGCCUGUGCCGACCGUCAAGUGGUUCAAGAACGGGCGCGAGCUUAGCCGAUACGAGUACUCUAUGACCCAUACGGACGGCGUGGUGACCAUGGAGAUCAUCGACACCAAGGUUGACGAUUCCGGCGAGUACAAGUGCGUUGCCAUCAAUCCACUGGGCAAGGCCGAAACCAGCAGUGUCGUGAUCGUUGAAGACCGUCGCAACAAGUUGGAGCUGCCACAGCCAAAGGCCGAAGGCAAACGGCUAUCGGUUAAGAAACCGGAAAGCAAACCUGUGUCAUCGAAACAACUCGGACCACCGGAUGCACGAUCCCGCCAGUCUACCCGCGAACUGAUGCCUCUCCAAUCGGACGCCCUAAUGCACUCACCCAAGUUCACCAGGGAGCUGAAGGACGUCGUCGCUUCGGACGGUGAACCACUGCAGCUGAAUUGCCACGUCAGUGGAGACCCGCUGCCACAGAUCGUGUGGACCAAGAACGGCAAGAAGCUGACCUCGUCGGACGUUAUCGACAUCAAGUACAAAUCGGGCAUUGCCAGCCUACGAAUCAACGAACUGUUCCCGGAGGACUCCGGCACCUACGUGUGCACGGCCAAGAACUCCAUGGGAGAAACGGCGACGCAGUGCAAGCUGGAUGUGAAGAAGGUAUCCGGCUCGACCACUCGAUCCAGCGACAAGAAGAGCUCGAUGGUGAAAGCCCCACUCAUCAACAAGCACACCGAAUCCGGCUACUACAAGGACGGUGCGGAGGUGAUCAUCAAGAGUAACAUUACCUGCCCCGAUCCGUUCAACGUGAUCUGGCUGCACGACAACCGGGAAAUCAAGAAUACCCCAGACUUCGAAUAUCUGAACGACGGAGACGUGUACUCGCUGCACAUCCCGGAGAUCUUCCCCGAGGACGCCGGCACCUACACGUGCGAGGCGUUCAACAAGGGUGGCGAAAGCUUCAGUUCCUGUACCAUAACGGUGCUGGCCCAGGGCGAGCAGAAGGAUGCGCCGACCUUUGCCAAGUUCCCCGCCUCGUUGAGUGUGUUGGACGGAGCAAAGGCCGUGUUCAGCUGCGAAACCUACGAUGCCCCGACCAAGCUCGAAUGGUACAAGGACGGUGAACCCAUCAACGAAUCAUCGAACCGAUACCGAUUCGUCAAGAAGGACAACAAGUACACCUUCACCGUUGCCAAGUGCUCGUUCGAGGACAUUGGCCAGUACCAGGUGCGGGCGGUGACACGCAAAGGUGACGCACUGGCUUCCUUCUCGGUCAACGUUAGUGCGUAGAGGGAACCCAAAAUUCUCUCUCUCUCACACUCUAGCUCUUAAGGCCCUAGGAUGUUAGUUAGAUAGAAGCAAUCGAACAAUCAAUUUUUUGUUGCAUCUGGGUUAGGAUUUUUGUACUUGAAUUUUUUUGGUAUUAUUUUUUACUUAUUUUUUUUUUACUUUUUUUUGAUAAGCUCAAAUCGAAUGUUUUCCUGCGUCUCAAUGUGUAAGUAAUAUUUUUGUAAAGUAUUAUUUAUUUUCUGACUUGAAAAUCAAAGCGCGUAAAUCCUACAGACAUAGGCAGUGAAUUUUUAUUGUUGAUACAAAAAUGACGAAAAAUCCAUAAAAAUAAUAAAAACGACAAAGUUAAUUGUAAAA